AUGGUACCCUAUUACGGCGGUCAUGGAUCAAAACAGUUUAUCCGAGGAAAGCCCAUUCGUUGGCGUUAUAAGGUAUGGGUGGGAACAACUAAAAAGGGGUACAUUGAAUGGUUUGAGCCAUAUCAAGGGUCCACAACUAUUAUUUCUGAAAAAUAUCGUCCUCUUGGCUUAGGGGCUAGUGUUGUACAUCAGUUUGCUGAUAUUAUUCAGUCUCAAUGUGGAAACGCUCCUUUCCAUAUCUUUUGUGACAAUUUUUUUACGUCAUUACCUCUGUUGGCUGAGCUGACCUCCAAGGGGCUCAAAUGCUCAGGACCUCUGCGAGAAAACAGACUAUCAGAUUGCCCUCUUGAAAAAUCCAGUUUGUUCAAGAAAAAAUCCCGUGGUAGUUUUGAUUAUCUUUUGGAGGAGAACCAAAAUAAUAUUGUAUGUAAAUGGAAUGACAAUAGUGUUGUGACAAUCGCCUCAAAUUUAACAUCUCCUUUUCCGACACAGCAAGUCAAACGCUUCUCUCAGAAAGAAAAGAAAAUGAUACAUGUUGAGCAGCCAUGUUUGAUCAAACAAUACAACGAAAACAUGGGCGAUGUUGAUAGGGCUGACCAAAAUAUAAGCCUUUACCGCGUAGGAAUCAGGGGAAAGAAGUGGUAUUUUUGCUUGUUUUCACAUGCUCUGGAUAUGGCAGAACAAAACGCAUGGCAACUUCAUAAACAUUCUGGCGGAAAAAUGGACCAUUUGCGGUUUAGGAGGUGUAUUGCUGCGGGAUUAUUAGAAACCUAUAAGAAAGAAACAAAACGGGGGCCAUCUAAACCAGGCAAAUACCUGCAUUAUGAGUCCAGAUAUGAUCGGAUGGAUCAUCUUGUGAAUUAUCAGGAAAAGCAAACCCGCUGCGCAUUUUGCCACAAACAAGCAGUAUUCAGAUUCCAGAAGUGUGAUGUUGCACUUCAUCCAAUAAUGUGUUUUUUAAGUUACCAUACUAAAAACUAA